UGCACAUGCGCGUUGUGCAAUCUACCGGAGCGCGAGAGGAGAGGUAGGGAAGGGAGUCCUAAUGGCGGAGAAUGUUCGGUCGCCUUUUGACUACCGGGAGCCUCCGACCCUCGACAGCGACGGAGAUGGGAGCAAACCGCCGCCGCCACGGGGGCGAGUGUGUGGGAGGAAAAGGAAGGGGACACCUGUGAAGGUGUGUGACCGAGCGUAUGUAACAGAAGAUGAGGAGGAGGAGAGCAUGUCGGAACACAGCUACAGCCCUGGUGAAGGCCAGUACCCAGAGGGAGCAGAGGACCGCCUCCCUCCACCCGGCAGCCCCUACUACCUGCCUGAUCCCACUCAGCUCUGUGUGCCAGAGCUGGGGGAGGAGGGAGCGAGCGGUGUCCGGGGACCGGUCCUCUUCCAUCCGCCGCCCAACUGCCGGAUCCGAGAAGUCCACUGUGGGACGCAGGUGCGGUUGGUUGUCAUAGCGAUCCGAGACAUCGCCAAAGGAGAGGAGAUCACGGUGGACUACAGCCUGACGGACUGGGGCGAGAAUGCAAUGGAAGAAGAGGCCGGGCCCCACCCUCUCUCCCUCUCUGUUUCUGAUUACCUCACCCCCUCAUGGUCACUCUCACCCUCGUCCUCUCCACUCACCCACUCUGAGCCCAGCGACUCGGACCGCGAGGAGGACGAAGAAGAGGAGGACGAUGACGAUGAUGACGACGACGAAGAAGAGGAGAUUGAGGAGAUAAGGGGCCGAAUGCUUCGCCGGCGCAAGAAGCGCAAGCUGCCCGCGGCAGUUAAUUCUAAGAAGAAGAGCUCGCCCACCGCCGCCAGAGGCCCCGGGCGCCCCUGCUCCUCCUUCACCCACCCGGCACCUGUCGCCCCCCCGGCCAGGUCCCAGUCCCAGCCUCCAGCCGGCUCCCUGGCCCCCCCCACCACCAACAUCAAUAACAAUAUUAACAUAAACAUUGGCAGCUCCAGCGGGGCCACGGUGAGCCGGAGGCAGCAUUGCCCGUACUGCGGGCGCAACUACCGCUCUUUGGCACGCCACCUGGAGAAGCACCACGCCAACCAGCCCGAGGUCAGGACCGCCAUGGAGCUGGCUCACAUGCACAACACUUCAAACGGCAGCGCGGCACACCCUCACCCCUCCUCGUCCUCCACCCCCGCCACACACACUCAUUCCUUCGCCGUCCCUCAGCCCUCGGCCUCCAACCCCGCCCCCCCCUCGCUCUUCUCCAGGGAGAGGGAGUCGCCAGCGACACGAUCGAGCACCGGCAACGUCUCCUUCUCCCUCUCGCUUUCGCAGCCUUCUUCCUCUCAGCCUGCCGCUACGAAGAAGGGGCCUGGCUUACCGCCGCCCAGCACAAAACGACCCGCACCUCCGAUGGUGGCGCGAGUAAAGAGCCCGUCGCCGCCUCCCCCGUCUGCUCCCAGGAGGGGUCGGAGGAUGAAAAGAGAAAAGCUCGAGGAGCAGCAAAAGGUGGAGGUGGAGAGCUCGAGAAGUCAAGAGGAGCUGGUUCCACCUCCGACUCCAGAGCCAGACAUCGAUCCAGAGGAAGAUCUGGGUCUGAGCGGAGAAGGAGAAGAAGAUGCACCGGAGGAGAAGAAUGGAGAGAUUGUCAGCACACAGAGACAUCACAUGCCUCCUCUGCUCUCCUCCCUCUCCUGUUUGGUCCUCUACCUCCGCCGCCAGCAGCACUCCUCCUUCCUGUCUCUGACCCGUUCUCCUCACUCCGCUGAGGCCUGGCGGCUGCUCUGCCACUCCAGCCUCUCCCUGCUCAUCCUCUACAACCGUCACCGGGAAUGUGAGGUGGCCAAGCUCACCAUCCAGGACUACCGUAGCCGUAGCAACCCCCCAGCCAACAACAACAACAGCUCCCCCUCUGGCAUGGAAACCCUGCUGUCCCCGUUUGAGCGCCACGUCCUCUGCAACCUUGCACGGGCUAGCGUUUUGGGCAAGCGUGGUCGCGUCCAGCCGCUUAUCCUCCCGCCACACUGCGAGUCCUGCGUGGACCUGCUGCUCCAAACCAGCCCCAACGUGGGCGUGGAUCCAGAGAGUCCGUACGUCUUCUCUCGGCCCUACCACUCUCCUGCAACACCGCUCCGGGGCACGGACCUUCUGAGGAACCUGGCGCGCUCCAGCGGAGCUAAGAACCCCAGUGCACUGACGGGGACGCGUGUGCGGCGGCAGGUAGCGAUACUUACUCAGCUGCUACUGUUAGAGGAGGGGGAGGGCCAGGGCGGAGCUACCAAACGACUGGAGGACUUCCUGGAACGAGAGUACCACGUGACCCAGAACUGCUCCACCAUCGUACGGGACCCAGCGCUGAUGGGUCGUGUGGGUCGUGUGGUUCUUUACGGAGAGAGGGAGGGCGUGCUCUUCAGAGGGAUGAGCCUGCAGCACAUCUGCCUCGAGUUGGAUGUUAUGUCUGGCAACUCAGCAGACUCCUUCUCAGAGGACUCAGAAGCAGAGGAAGAAAAGGAAGAAGUAAAGGAGAAAACUGAGGUGAUAGUGAAGAAGAAAGGACCAGGGCGACCACCACGGAAGAAGAGAGCACCCAAUCCCUCUCCAGUCAGCAGCCCGUCAAUAGCCAAUGUUAACAAGAGAAGGUGCAUUCCACACAAAUCAGGGAAGCGUGGCGUGCUGAAGCGGCCCUGGUCAGAGGCUGAGCGUGUAGCAGUGGAGACUCACCUAAAGAGAAACCUCAUGGAGCUGCGAGUCCCAGCCAAGGCGGACUGUGAGCGCUGCCUCGAACUCUGCCCCCUGCUGGUGAGCAACCAGCGAGACUGGAGGGCCAUCAAGUUUUACGUCCACAACCGCAUCCAGCUGCUGAAGAAGCAGGGGAGGAGGGAAAGCGCCGCCGCGGUCUGCUAGGGCCGAACAGACACGGCAGAGGACACUUACCAUAAUGUACAAACCACCAGCAAUCAUAACCAGGAGGAAAAGGUGGAGUGCAGCUUCUCUUUUUCUUUUCUUUUUUGGGUGCAGUACCUGAAGUUAGGUGCAUGCCCAGUCUCAUCGCCCCGGUCAUCAGUGAGUCGUGUAAUAAAAGUGACUAAGCUCAGAAAACGGAGGGGUUGCUCCAGUGAAGAAUCAUUCAUACUCGUGUCGGGGAUCCCCACUGUCUAUUCCAGAUGUACUUUUAUACAGAUGUACGUAAAAAGUGUGUUCAAAGAGUUCAAACACAGUGAAUUUUUUUUUAAAGAUUCUUUUUUUUCUCUGUCAUCCUUUCUUUAUUAAAUAGUUGACAGUAGAGAGCAGCAGGUGAUAUAGGAGAGAGAAGGUGAUAACAACUGUCCCUGGAGUGACUCCAACCCACCAGGUUGCAGUAUGUGCUUUAGACCACAAGGACACUUUACAGCACACGGUUCUCGGUCUAGCAUUUGCUUCCACUGAAGGCUGAUGACCAAACAUGAAUGUGUAAAGCUUUGGAGGAAGAAACCAAUGGUUCCCAUUUUUAAACCCCCCCACAGGUAGACUGUGUGUGUAUGUAUGAACUUGUGUAGUUUGUGUUUGAUAUUGACUGACAUUGUGUCCCCAACCCAUGGCGCCCAACUGAUGAGCGCAUUAAAAGUAUUGUUGGAAAUCUUGGACCAAGAUGCACCUGUGAAUUGGUUCUUGCAUACCUCCUCUACCAUCGUCAUAGUCAGACUAUUCUGUAUCAAGGCACGCCUACUGAAUUUAUUGCGUAUCAGAACUUUAAAAAAAAAUAUUUCAGAAUAAACUUAUGGUCUUAUUCACAAUGUAAAUACUUCCUAAUCUAUGAAAAAUAUACAGUAGUGAUGGUUAGCAUUGUGUUAUGGUGUAUAUACUGUAAAUAGUACCUGUACUUAUUAAAGUGUAUGCCAUUUUGCUGUGUUUUCUUAAA